GUUGUAGCUCGUUGCUUGCAGAUCUGUCAAACUGUGCCGUGUUCUGUGAUCGGAUCUUGUUUUCGUGACCAGUGAGAUGAAGGCGUUGAUUUUGGUUGGUGGAUAUGGGACCAGACUUCGUCCGCUCACCCUGACGCGGCCGAAGCCAUUGGUGGAAUUCUGCAACAAACCGAUGUUGAUGCAUCAGAUAGAAGCUCUGGUGAAAGUCGGAGUAACUCAUAUUAUUUUGGCUGUUUCGUACAUGGGCCCGCAGUUGGAGGCUGCGUUGAAACCAGAAGAGCAACGAUUGGGCAUCACCAUAACGCUUUCUCACGAAGACGAACCGAUGGGAACAGCAGGACCUCUAGCUCUGGCUCGAGAACACCUAAUGGGACCCGAUCCUUUUUUCGUUUUGAACUCGGAUAUCGUGUGCGAGUUUCCUUUCGCGUCUCUUUUGGAGUUCCACCGACGACACGGAAAAGAAGGCACCAUUUCAGUGACGAGAGUAGAGGAGCCAUCCCGUUAUGGUGUGGUUGUGUAUGAUGAAGAAGACGGCCUCGUGCGUAGUUUCGUGGAGAAACCGCGAGAGUUCGUGUCGAAUAAGAUCAAUGCUGGGUUGUACGUGUUUAAUCCCAGCGUUCUGGAUCGAAUACCAAGACAACGAACCAGUAUUGAGAAAGAAACGUUUCCCGCGAUGGUUUCACUCGGUGAACUGUAUGCAGUUGAGCUGAAAGGGUUCUGGAUGGAUAUUGGAAAGCCAGAAGACUUUUUGAAAGGAAUGUCAUUGUUCCUGGGUUUCCUGAGUCGUUUAAAACAUUCCGAUAUUUCGUUGGAGGAAGGGAUGCGGGGGAACGUGCUGAAAGAUUCCUCUGCAAAAAUCGGGAAAGGAUGUUUGAUCGGACCAGAUGUGACGAUUGGGCCGGGCGUUGUGAUUGAAGAUGGCGUGUGCAUAAAAAGAUGCACUGUAAUGAAAGAUACUGUCAUCAAGUCCCAUUCGUGGCUGGAAAAUUGCAUCAUUGGCUGGCGUUGCGUUGUUGGGCAGUGGGCGAGAUUGGAAAACUUAACAGUCCUCGGAGAAGAUGUGCGUGUGGCCGAUGAGGUGCACAUCAAUGGCGGAAUGGUUUUGCCUCAUAAAGAAAUCACCACUUCGGUGCCUGAGCCGGAAGUCAUAAUGUAAAUGAAUGAUUCGCCGUGGAUCAUAUGCCUUCUGUGAUACUCUUCCAGGAUUUUAGCUUUCCUUGUAAGCUUCUCAAUCAUUGUUGAGCUUUUUUUCGUCCAUUGUGUGUGGAAGGGGGGGGGGGGAUUUGUUGUAAGUGCGCAUCUUGGGCAUAUUUUUUUGUGGAUUCCAGCACCUGUGGUGAUCAAGAUUAUUUAUGCAACUUGCGGUUUUAUUCCUUGAGUGUGCCGUUCUUCGUUUGAAAAAGAAAAAAAAGGAAUGACGGGAAAAACCGUGUUAU